UCGAGCUCAAGACUUAUUUGUCAAUCGGACGAAACACAUCCCAAGUACAGAACCUCCAGAGCAACACUUGACAGCCGGUAGACUACUCAAGCAACAUGAAGUUACUUGUCCUGACUGUGCUAUGCUUGAUAGCAUUGGCAAGUUGUGUUCCUGAUGCCCAUGAUGAGGAAGCUAAACCUGCUUCAACUCAAAAUGAAGAGCUCUUGCAAGACGCCCCAGAAGUUGAUGAAACCCCUAAAGAAAUGACGGAAGAUGAGACGGAAGAUAUCCCAACGGAAGUGGAAGAUGAUGAUGAAAACGUAGAGGAUGGUGAUGAUCGUAGGAGAUAUCUUGGGUUGCGCUGUCAACUGGCGCAGUGUGAGCGGCGACGGGCGUAUUAUCAGCGGCAAUUUGCGCAGUGUAAGCGGCGACAGGCGCGGUAUCAGAGACAAGUGAAGCAGCAUAAGUUGCGACUGGUGCAGUGCAGCCGGCGACUCGCGAUCGCCUUGAGAAGAAAAGGAAAUCUCUUACAGAAACACUUUCGUCUUUGUGAGGGGCAGACCAAUUCUCUGCGCUGCCCAAAAGGAAAAAUAAAGGUGCUUGAAUCCUACUAUGGGCGCACAAGCAAAAAUCAUUGCAUCAGAGCCGGGCUUAUGAAAAACACCGACUGCAUCAGCGCCAUUUCAAGAAACAAAAUCCGCAGUGCAUGCGAAGGAAAGAGGGAAUGCAAACUGGAAGCGAAGAACUCCGUCUAUGGUGACCCUUGCAUUGGAACCUAUAAGUAUGUCGAGGUCCUCUACAAUUGUGUUGUUUAAAAGCACAGUUUUUACAAACAAUGACCAAAAGGCAAAAACUCUUUUUUGGUGCUUUAAGCCUACUUUUACUACAGAAAAUUUUGAAGAAUGUCAAGUGACUAAUGCAAAAAGAGAAUGUAAGCUGACUUUUUUUUUCAUUUUAACUUCUCCACUGUUGUCACAAAGGUUAAAUCCGUAAAAAUAAUUAAGUGUAACUGAAGGUCAAUAAAAUGUGAGAUAAUCUCAA